GUAUUUUUUUAGAUGACUCCUCGUCCUCACUGCCAGAAGUUGUCAUUGAAUAAUUACAUGCUGAAACCCAUCCAGCGUAUUUCACAGUACUGCCUUCUGCUGCAAGACUACUUGAACCAUCUACAGGAGGAUUCACCUGAUUAUGAAGAUACAGUUGCUGCCCUUCAGAUCAUGAGCCAAGUUGCAAGUGAAACCAUGAAACAUGAGGAUAAUAUCAGCAAGUUGAUAUCUAUUCAGAACAGUUUAUGCGGUCAUCACGAAGUUAUUCGACCUGGUCGGGUGUUUAUAAAAGAUGGAGACCUCAUGAAACUUUCCAGAAAGAUAAUGAAACCUCGAAGGUUUAUACUGUUUAAUGAUAGUUUAUGGUACACGAAGCAAGUUCAGUAUAAGCUUUAUCGAGUAAAACACGAGUUUCCACUGACCGGAAUGAAGGUGUCGAUACCAAUUCAGCAGGACUACGAAAAUGAAUUUAACAUAAUUAGCAUGACAAAGUCCUUUAUUCUAUCUGCCAGAAACACUAUGUUUCAGUGUUGA